AUGUGGCUGGACUCCUUUGACGGGCCCGGUGGAGGGGAUGAGGCAGAGAGGCGUGGAGCCGUGAGGCCGGCGCGGGGCUCGGGGUCAGAGACGUUUCUGGAGGCCGACACAAAUAUCACUUACCACUUCUUCCAUUGGAAGAAAGGAACCCCUUUUGCUGCUGAUGACCAAGGCAUCUACAGCAGAUUGACAUGGUGGGAGCAAAUUGACAAUGGUCAGCGGCUUACUCGGAACAGAAAGUUUUUUUACUGUGGUACCUGUGGUGCUUAUUCUGAGGUGCGUUCUUCCAGGUAUCUGAUUGCAUGGCACUUGACCGACUACAAGCAGCCGAUGUUUUUCCUCAAUACGAUGGCAGUUUUUGUGCUAGUUAUAGCAAAAAUCCCGAACAUGCACAAGGUCCGCAUAUUUGGAAUCAAUGCAGACAUCUGA